UCACGCAUGUCAUGUUCUUUUUGAUCCUUCUUGUUUAGCGUAAAUAACCACGUUUUUCUUAUCAACAAAUACAAGAGUUUUAUUUGAAUUUGUAAGAAAGUUAAGAAAAAUUUAAAAAAUGGCAACCUAUAAUUUCAAGAAAAUAGCUGUAGUUCCCACAGCAAAAGAUUUCAUAGAUAUUAUAUUUUCUAAAACUCAACGCAAGACUCCUACUGUUAUACAUAAACAGUAUAAAAUCACAAGAAUAAGGGCCUUUUAUAUGAGAAAAGUAAAAUUUUCUCAGCAAAGUUUUCACGACAGAUUAACUCAAAUUUUAACGGAGUUUCCCAAAUUAGAUGACGUUCAUCCCUUUUAUGCUGAUUUGAUGAACGUGCUUUAUGACAAAGAUCAUUAUAAACUGGCUUUAGGACAAAUAAAUACUGCAAGACACUUAAUCGAUACUGUAGCGAAGGACUAUGUGAGAUUAUUAAAAUAUGGCGAUUCAUUGUAUCGUUGCAAACAGCUUAAAAGGGCUGCGCUAGGUCGUAUGGCAACUAUUAUGAAAAGACAAGCCUCUAAUUUAGUAUAUUUAGAACAAGUUAGACAGCAUUUGGCACGUUUGCCAUCAGUGGAUCCUUAUACAAGAACAAUCAUUAUUUGUGGAUUUCCAAAUGUUGGCAAGUCAUCAUUUAUGAACAAAAUCACAAGAGCAGAUGUAGAGGUUCAACCAUACGCCUUCACAACUAAAUCACUGUACGUCGGUCACACGGACUACAAAUACCUUCGUUGGCAAGUUAUCGAUACUCCCGGAAUAUUAGAUCACUCCUUGGAGGAACGUAACGUUAUUGAAAUGCAAGCGGUUACCGCCUUGGCCCACUUAAGAGCCUGCAUUUUAUAUUUUAUGGAUCUGUCGGAACAAUGUGGACAUACGAUCGAAGAGCAAGUAAAAUUAUUUGAGUCUAUCAAGCCCUUAUUCGCAAAUAAACCGCUUAUAGUUGUCAUCAACAAAACUGACAUCAUAAAAUUGGAUGAAUUAUCUGCAGAUCGGAGAUCGGCAUUGGAAGAAAUCGAGGGUGACAAAGGUUUGUCAUUGUUAGAAAUGUCCACAAUGAGUGACUUCGGUGUGAUGGAGGUUAAAACGGAAGCUUGCGAAAAGUUACUCAGUUAUCGCGUCGAUCAAAAGAUGAGAACUAAAAAGGUCGAUGGGGUCCUCAACCGACUACACGUUGCCAUACCUAAACCGAGAGACGAGAAACCUCGUCCCCCGUGUAUACCCGAAAGUGUUCUGGCAAAGAAACAAGCUUCCAUGGAAAAACGUAAACGCAAGCUCGAACGUGACAUAGAACUGGAACAAGGCGACGAUUACGUGCUCGAUCUUAACAAGCACUAUACGGACAUCCCCGAAGAAGAACGCUACGACAUUAUACCAGAAAUUUGGGAAGGACACAAUAUCGCAGAUUAUAUCGAUCCCGAGAUUUUCAGUAAACUCGAGGAAUUAGAGAAGGAGGAGGAGAUAAGGGAGGAGACGGGGAUGUAUGCCGUACCUAAAAUCGAGCUUGACGAGACCAUGCAAGAAAUUAAAAAACUCGCUUUACAAAUUAGACACAAAAAGGCUAUUAUUAAAGAUGAAGCAAGGAUUAAUAAACAAAGUAGGAAGCCUGUUUUACCGCGAACUUCAGGAGCGAAGGUUAGAGGCCGAUCUGUCUCCAAAUUAAGGGAAGAUAUGUCUAAAUUGGGGGUAGAUAUGUCGGGAACCGAAGACGCCCACUUUACCAAAACGAAGGCUAGGAGCAGAUCUACGGGGCCGCCUACCAAACGAAUGAGAAUGGACACAAAUGAGGCAGACAGUACCUCUCUUAAUAGGUCAAGAUCGCUUUCUAAGCCACCCAGAAACGAACAAGGAAUUAAGGACGUUGCUAUGAAGAAAAAAUUAGCCAAAAUCGCACAUAGAGCCAUUAGUAAGAAGGUUAAAAAGAUGGGACUCAAAGGAGAAGCCGAUAGAUUUAUAGGUACUAAAAUGCCGAAACAUUUGUUUGCAGGAAAACGAGGAGUCGGUAAAACUGAUAGACGUUAAUUUAUUUACGUUUCAUAUAGUACUUUUCCAGAAGAAUACCAGCUAUUCUUAUGAAUGUUAUUGUUUUAUGGUAAAAGGAAAUAAAGUUUUCUUUGAAAUUGAAAAAAAUAUAUAAUAA